UUCCAGCGCCCUCUUCUGACUAAGUGCUGCACUGCAGCUGUUAAACUUUUUUUUCUCUAACUGAUUUAGAUGACUUUUCUGUUUGGUUUUAGGUUGUUUAAAAAGUUUUACUCAACAAUGGAAACAUUAUCUUCAGCUGUUUCUUUACUUAAAACAACUAAAAUGAUACAAUUGGCAGAAAAUGAUCUGAUUGUUUAGUAAACAAACAUCCAGAUUCCUGUGCAUCUAAAACAAGUUUUAUUAAACUGGACAACCACAUUUUAACCAUGACCUCUGACCUUUUAGUAGAGCUUCAUCGAGACAAACUGGUAUCAAAGCCUCAGGUUUCACCACAGCAUUAGGUGUGUGUGUGUGUGUGUGUGUGUGUAAGAUUAGUCUACACACACACAGCUUAGCUUCAGCAGUACUUAAACUUCCUUAUUGCCCUGCCGAGAAGGCAGCUGCACCUGCACCAGACUGGUUAUAAUGAGCGGUCUGCUGUCGCUGACCAGCGCUCCGAUGACUUCAGAUUUGUGACGACAUCAGAAGAUCUUCACCAUGCUGCUAAGUGUGUUUCUGAUGUUGUUUUGGUCCUUUCAGAGAGGAAGAUCUCAGCCAUCUGAGUGGAACACAGAGCAGGAAGUUAGUGAUGCACCUGCAGUUGAGGCCGAAUGGAUCCUCCAGCCAGACUUGAAGGGCGACUCGUACUGGUCCGGGACUGCCCCUCUGUGUUUAGGAGGCUGUAAGGCUCUUCACCAGGAGGUGAAGAGGGAUCGAUGUGGAAACUCCAGCUGCUGCUGGCUCGGCUACAAGUCCCUCUGCAGAGUGAACUGUGGGAGACCUGAUGUGGACUACAACGGCGUGGCAUACGGUAAUGACUGGUGGGUGGGCUCUGUGGUGAGGUACACGUGUCGCUCAGGCUUCAGGCUCAUAGGAGACUCCAUCAGAUCAUGUCAGACUAACGGGCUCUGGACCCCUAAACCCACCUGCCUCAGGAUGUGUCGCCGGGGACAAGUUGAAAUCAGUGAGGGGGAACUGAACGGGACGUGUGACUCCACAUGUUCACUCAAGAGCUACUUCGGCCCGCCCAAACUGGGCUGCACCCAGAUAGACAACUGUAAGAAGAAGGAGACAGGCUGGAAGAGGUUCUUUGCACAGUGUGUUCCUUGUAUUUGUGACUGUGCUUUAUCUUGUGCAUCUGCUGGAUAGAAGAGGAUUCUGACAUCACAGUGGCUUCAGAUGACUGCUUCCCUUCGCUCCAUGACACAAAGAGCGUGAGCUGCUAACACAUAUGUCUGUAAACACGUCUGUUUUUACGAGAAAAUAUGAUAACGUGAAACCACUGAGAUUAUAAUCCCAGCAUCAUUACUCCUCCUCUCCCUCCACCUGUCCUGGACCAAGGUAACACUUUAAUCUUGUUAGAGCAGAUCUGAUCUGAGAUCAGGGAGUUGGUGUGUUGAUGUAGCCAACCAAAUGGUACUGAUGUAGGUCUGCAUUCUUUUAAACUAUUACUGAAUCUGUAUCUGAUGUGUUUUGACCUGUUUUUGUUAUAUUCUGACUGUCUAAAUGUGAAAAAGAAGCAGGUGUGAAUGUGCACCUGAUGAUUUUGUGAA